AUGGCAAAUCGAAUAAACAAGAUCGAGAAUCAAUACCCCGAAGGCAUCCAGAAAUGUGCAAACAUUGUGGAUGGGGAUUGCUACCCCGCUGAUAAAGUUUGCUAUGGAGAAUCCUGCUCGGCAACAAUCACAGCCCAGGUUACAAUGACGACGAAAUUUCCAAAGUUAUCAUACCCAGGCAUCGUGAAAAGGAAACUAGGUUCGAACCAUUGGGAUAAAAUACAUGAGGUAAUUCAAGGACGGAAACGCGAUGCUUCAGAGUGUCCGAGCGAUUAUCAAUUAUGCCCCAAGUCAAUGAAUGGAGGAUGCUGUCCAAAUAAUCGAUCUUGCGGUACUAGCAGCUGCUACCUCACCAGUGCCGCUUCUGCCUCAGCUUGUGGUGUGUCGGGAUAUACCGCCUGUGGAAUUGAUGAUGGAGGUGGAUGUUGUCCAAAUGGUUACUCAUGCGCAACCGAUGGAUGUAGCGCUUCUCUCGGCGUAUCGUACAGCGAAGCAUGUGGAGCCAGUUCAUAUCUCUGUCCGGCCUCACUAAACUACGGAUGUUGCAAAAACGGGAUGGGCUGCGGGUUGAAUGAUUGCUAUUCCACGGCAAUAUCGACUUUUACCUUGACCGAGACUUUUACCACGACAGGUAGCGAUUUGCACCCACAAACCAUUACCUCCACAUUGAUUACAGCGUCCACUCCAGCUUCACCAUCGGUUGCGGCAAAUACCUCAAAAGCGUCAGCCGUUCCCAAACUUACACCCACUGCAACUGCAAUACCCAAGACAGAGGCAAGUAGUGGGAGUACAUCAACAAGCAGUGGCCUCACAAAGCCAGAGAUAGGUGGAAUAAUAGGCGUCGCGGCUUUCAUUCUGGUAUUUAUUUUGAUUGCCGCUUUCUGCAUACUUAGUCGUCUAAAGAAGGCUACAAAAGCAUACCAAGAAGCAAAGACACGAAGCGGAUCCAGUGUUCCUCGAUCACAAAGGCAUCGUCCCUCAUACCCAUCACCAUCCGAUAUGAGUUCGAUAUCAUUUGAUCCUCUACAGAUGAGCACCUCAGAAAUGACUCGCAGUGUCCGCAAUAAUUCUCACCCCGUCACCGAACCAUUCUCAUCCGAGCGACACGACGGCCCCGAAGUCGUUACCCCACCAACUUUCAACCCAUACUCACCUUUUUCUCCCCAUUCCUACCCAAACCGAGCACAAACCCACGCUCGCGGAUACUACCCUGUCGCCACCUCGGAUUCCGCCUACUCCCAAACAUCCUCCGGCCACCGAAACCCCUCGGUAGAAUAUACCCCUCCUCUCCAACAACCUCAAUCCUACUUUGACAUCCCACCUCACCCACAAUCCGAACUCCCCGAUUUCCGCAACCAGAAUCUACGACAUGGUCAUGAUGUAAGUCCUAUCCGUCGCCCAUCGCAUCAUGGUCGUAAUUGGAGCGAUGCUAGUGAUGUUAGUGCCUCAUCUUCUAGUCCGCUCGUUGAACUCGACGCUGGAAUAGAUGGUGAAUUGAAAUUUUCGCUUGGAAAAGCCUGGAAGGUUUUGGGGUUGGGGAGUUGGAAGGGGAGGGUUUCUUCUAAGAGGAAACUUGAAGCGGAACAAUUGUCUGGUUCGUCGACUAAAGAUUCUCCGACUAAUACCCUAGAUCGGGAUCUGAAAACUGUGCUGUCAAAUGUGCCGGAGGAGGCGGGGAGUUUUGUAAAUGAGCCGGAUGAUCAUGUUGAUGAGGAAAUAAGGGUUCAAAGCAGACCGAGAAGUGGCGGUCAGGAGUCAAGGGCCUCGAGACCGAGGAGUGGACUUAGUAAUGCGGAGUUGAGGGAAGCGAGUAUUAAGAAUGUAGUCAAGGCGAAAUCGAGUAAGACGAAGGAAAUCAUGAUUAGAAAUUCGGGAGGUGCGGAGGGUGCGAGGGCUAGUGGGGGGAAGGGGAAGGGGAAGGGAAAUGGGAAGGCGGAGGAGGCGGGGUUCUGA